GAGGGGUGCAGAUCCGGGAUUCGCAGCGCCGCGCCCAGGAGUCCCCGCCCGCCCCUGGGCACCCCGAGGCAGAUGCAUGCGGCGCGGGGCCAGGGCGCGCUGCCCGCUCGCGCCUCGCUGGGCCCGGGACCGGCGCCCGUCCGCCCCGGGCUGCCCGCCCAGCAGGCUGCGCCCCGGGAGCCCGCGGAGGCGCCCGCGCAUGCGCGCCCGUGUCUCGCGGCUGUUUGGCCGUUUCCAUGGCUACGAAGCCAGUCCGCGAGGGGUCUGCGAGCGAGAAAAUGAAGCUCAAGAGCCUCCUGCUCCGGUAUUACCCGCCAGGAAUUAUGUUGGAAUAUGAAAAGAGUGGAGAAUUAAAGACCAAAUCCAUAGAUUUGCUUGAUCUCGGUCCCAGUACUGAUGUCGAUGCUUUAGUAGAAGAGAUUCAGAAAGCAGAACCUCUAAUCACAGCUUCACGAACAGACCAAGUAAAACUUUUAAUACAGAGAUUACAAGAGAAACUUGGACAGCACAGCAACCACAAAUUCUAUCUUUUUAAGGUUCUCAGAGCACAUAUACUGCCGUUGACUAAUGUUGCACUUAAUAAAUCGGGCUCUUGCUUUAUCACAGGAAGCUAUGAUCGGACAUGCAAACUCUGGGACACUGCAUCUGGAGAGGAGCUGCACACUCUGGAGGGGCACAGAAAUGUGGUUUAUGCCAUAGCAUUCAACAAUCCUUAUGGUGACAAAAUUGCUACUGGGUCCUUCGAUAAGACUUGUAAACUGUGGAGUGUAGAAACAGGAAAAUGUUACCAUACCUUUAGGGGUCAUACGGCAGAAAUAGUGUGUUUAUCAUUCAAUCCUCAAAGCACAUUGGUGGCUACCGGAAGUAUGGACACAACAGCCAAAUUAUGGGACAUUCAGAAUGGAGAGGAAGUGUUCACUUUAACAGGACAUUCAGCUGAAAUCAUCUCCUUGUCCUUUAACACCUCAGGAAACAGAAUCAUCACAGGGUCUUUUGAUCACACAGUCGCAGUGUGGGAUGCUGAUACUGGAAGGAAGGUCUAUACCUUAAUUGGGCAUUGUGCUGAGAUUAGCAGUGCCUUAUUCAACUGGGACUGCUCUCUAAUGUUAACUGGCUCUAUGGACAAAACCUGCAUGCUAUGGGAUGCUACAAAUGGAAAAUGUGUGGCAACAUUAACAGGCCAUGAUGAUGAAAUACUAGACAGCUGUUUUGAUUAUACUGGCAAGCUUAUUGCAACUGCUUCAGCUGAUGGAACAGCGAGAGUUUUCAGUGCAGCCACAAGAAAAUGCAUUACCAAAUUGGAAGGCCAUGAAGGCGAAAUUUCAAAGAUUUCUUUCAACCCCCAGGGGAACCGUCUUCUAACUGGCAGCUCUGACAAAACAGCGAGAAUCUGGGAUGCUCAGACUGGUCAAUGCCUCCAGGUUCUCGAGGGGCACACUGAUGAAAUCUUUACAUGUACUUUCAACUAUAAAGGCGACAUAGUCAUUACAGGUAGGGGAGAAAUAAACACCAUAGACUCAGUUUUCCUGUUAAAUUGGCUAUUAGAGUUUCUAAGGGGAAUACCAAAAGGAGGUCACACCCAUCUCCCACCCCUCGUCCAGGGUCCCUGCUCAUCUUGGUGUGUUCUGUAUCCAUUAUUUAAUUUUAGUUGCAUUGUUGAACCACAGGAGUGAGCUCUGCCACUGACUGUAAGGCCUUGUGAAUUUGGAAUUUUUGUUGCUCUAGACAAAAUGAGAAUUCGGUAGCCUGCCUUACUGGUUACUACAUUUCCCCAGGCAUCAUCUGCCAAAUGGUUAAUAUUCAGCUGAUGUCAGUAAGCGUUAGUAACUAAAACAAGUCAGGACCCGAGUUCUCCACCGUUGGAUUUAUGGCCCAUUAGAGGUUUGUUCUUUGAGCUAAGUUGUUUUCUCCUUGGAUGUCCCCUGCUAACACAUUAAUAUUUGGGGAAAAGCACGCAUGUUGAGCGUUUUUCAACCAUGAAUAAGCUAUUGUGAAUUAAUCAUGUAAGCAACAUUUUAUAAGAACUGGAUUGACAAUAGGUUCAUUUAGAUUGUGGAAAGGGGUGAAAUGACAAGAGUAUGGGGUAAUGUUAGUGUGGUACCUCCGGAGGAGGCCUUGGCAGGAGUGGGGUGGUAACAACAGUGAGGGGUAGGGAUGUCCUAGGAGGGCACAAAAGCCCAAACCUGCUGAACUCUCAGUGAUUCUCAUUGUGUUGAGUAAAUUUAAAAAUCGCUUAUCCAGUCUAAUAAGUUAUGUCACAUACUCGAGGUUGGCUUUAUAUGUUGGCUGAUUAGAUAGCUUCUUAGUCAUAUAACUUCAGGGGUGCUGAGAAUAAUCUCCCCUUUUGCCCUAAAAUACCUCCCCUUUCUAGCUAAUUAUGGAUAAUUUCUAAAAUUUCAGAUUACUUUCUUUGGGUUUACAAUUUGCAAGUGUUACUAAAUGUAGAUACUCCUAAAACAAUACCAUAAAAAGCCAUGUAUUUUAUUGUCAACACAAUGUCAGACCUUUUCCCAUGAUGAAGAAAGAGGUGGGAGGCUGUGACAGAGGGCACAGGAUGCUCCUGUAGGGAGCUGCUGCCAUGUAAGGAAGAAGGAAGCCCGGGCUGAGUUGUCAGAGGACCAACCUUUCCUAGUCCACGUGUCUCAUGUUAGCCAGCUCUCGAUACCUCUACUCUCAACCACAGAAGACUCUGGAGAGCUUAGGGAGGGAAUAUUAAUUGUCUGUGCCUUGUUUUAGUGCUGGCAUUUAAAUUCCUGAGCUCUUUCAAGAUAUUAUUGAUUUAUUUGGUGUAUCCCAAAGCAACAAGGUGCUAAAUACUGGCCCACUGGAUGACAGAGCUUAUUAGAAUGGGGGUCAGACUUCUGUCUUGCCAGCAGCAAAGCCGUGACUUUGAAUUGAUCUGCCCCUUUUUUCUUGGCAGACCCCAGUGUGACGAACUGCAUGCAUUUUUUAGGGGACUACCUGAGGUUGAAUUUAGAAUCACAAACUGGAAGAAAACUGGCCAGUGUGGUCAUUACAUUUUUAAAAACAUGAAGUGCCUUUUGGUGAAACACACAGUUUUUAUAGGCUUUCCCGGUCCACACAGCCCCCUCACUUCUUAUGUUGAUGUUACGAGUCUGGCCCCUGAAGUUUAGAGAACCAGCAGGGCCCAGUACUUGUCUAUACCAGGGCUGUCAUUUCCAAAGAGGGAAUGUGAAUGAUGUCCCUUGGGGAGGAGUAUAUCAAAGCAAUUUGGAAGAGUGUCUGUCAUAGUAGUGGGGAUGGUGGGAGGAUGCAAAUUUCAUAUUUUCACGGAUGAUGAGAAAGAUCUAUUGACAUUUUGAAAUGUUCCAAAAUGGAAUGUGCUGCUUCCUUAUAAGGCUCAUAAGCUAAUCAUCCAAACCUGGAGAUGUUCAGAUCCACUGUAUUUCCAUUUGGUGGCGAUGUUUGAGGGGAGGGCAGAGAGAAUAAGCAGAGGGGAAUGGCUGAAGUGGUCCUCUCCAGUUCUAAGACGCCAUGAAUAUUUCUGGUGUGAGUAGGACAUGAACUUGCUCGAUA